UUAUUUAUUAAACAUAUGUUCAACUUCGUUAAGGAAACAUUUUUACCGUUGAAUGCGAUUUGUGAUUUGUGGGUAAUUAAUCUAAAUAAAUAGAGACCCCGUUUUAAAGACGAUAUAUCCUUGCUAACACCCAUAUAAUGCAUAAUAUACCAACUGACCGCAGAAUGUCUGGAGGAAUUUUCGCCUUAGGUUUCGUCGAGUCAAAGUCAAGUUUAUUGGAGAAAGUUCAAAGUAUGACGUCAGUAAUACCAGUAACUAGAGUUAGAAAACGAAAGAGAAAAAUAAAAAAUAUUUUUAAUGUAAUGCUUAAUGUAGUCGAAACAUUGCUCGAGUUAUGUAUUCAAUCGAAAACGAUGAUGUCACUCAAAUUAUACAAAUAUAGAAGACCAAGUAUGUUCUAUCGACACGAGAAAAGUUUAAAGUAUAAAAUUAGAGAAAAUGAGGAAGAGGAGAAACAUCCCCCUGAGGAAUGGCUUUUAGAAAAGGAAACCAUUCGUAGCUUAAAGAGGAUGAUGUCUGACCAGAAAAUACAGAAAAACACGCAGUCUGAAUACGAAGAAGAUUUAAAAACGGAAACAUUGGCAAAGCCGGGAAAUAAAAUAAUUCAGAGUUACCUUGACAGAUUUAAAGAUGAAGAUAGGGAGGAAUUAAAUAUAAGGAACAAAUUACGUAUGAAAGAAAUUUAUCAAUUGGAUGCAGAUAAUUUGUUCACCACUAGUGAGAUGGGGAUCAUCAAAUGGAGGAAGGUAUUAUUCCACAGGGAAAUGAGAAAAUCGAGAAAAUUAAAAAAAAAAGAAGAAAAUCUGAAAUCUGAACCAAAAUCUGAGGUUUGGGAGUUUAAAGAAUUUCUUAAUCACUCUUUCGAUAAGCCUAAUGAUGAUCCUUCCUCGACUAUAAGUCAACCGGUAGCUCUUAGCAAGGAACAGGUUGUUCAAAUGCUCAAUCGACAUCUCAAGAGCUGGUUGAAUAGAGAAUAUCCACUUAGAGAAGGUGCAGCCCUCAAACACAGAUUCCAUUACUACGAGCCCAAGUACAAGUACCACAAACGCAACAUAGGGACAGAUGAAGAUAGAUUAAAAGUGUCAAUCCGUUUUGCGAGAUUGGCGCAAAUAGCAUACCCUGAUUUAGAUGUGAACGAGAUAUUAUCUGGUCUUACUACUUAUUUCGGAAAUAUAGAAAUUCCGAAUAUCUCUAAGCGAGAAACACCAGAAAGAGAACAUACAAAAGUGACUGAAAAAAUGGAGUUAUUGGAAGGGAUGGGUAUUCCUCCGAAGAAACUAAAAAAAAUAAUGGCAGAUAAAAGGUUCGAAGAAGGACAAAGAAAAGAAACUACCAAAACUUUUGUUUUGAAAAAAAUUAAAGAGCUCAUGAAACUGUAUGACCUCGAAUCGUUAUACGAUGAAUUUCGAAAAGCUGAUUUUCCAACUCCGUAUGACUCGUUAUACGUAGAAAUGGUAAAAGGAAUGUUUAAAAUUCAUCAUAGUAUUACCGUGUACGGUAAAUUAGAUCAAGCCUUAAUUAUGGCAUUUAUAAGAAAUAUGUCACAAUUAAUUUUUGAUUCUGUUCAGUGGCUUAUUGAUUCAUUGUUGAAAAGCCCUAUUUUGCUGGAAAUAAAAGAACGUGAGGAAGAACACGAAAUGCCAAUGAAGCAGAGAAAACCGCAUAAUAAAUUUAUAAAACAAGAAAAGGUCGCUCACGAUAAAUUAAAAAAAGCGAUGAUGAAAGUGAUAAAAUAUCAAAUGCUUCACGUAGUUGUAUCCGGUAUGAUGAACGACGAUCUCGUAGAUUUAUCGUCUUCAGAGCCUGAGCCAUUGGAAAAUAAGACAAGUGCUAUGUCAAUCGGAAAAUAAAACUUUAUUUUAUCUUUUUUAAUUAA